AUAAUAAUAAUUGAAAUAAUAAUAAUAAACAACAUAUAAUGCCAUCACCAAUGAACAAAUGGUUUCCGCACCGGUAUCGGGUGGGUGUGUUGGGUAUGUUUGCCUGUGCAUUGGUCUAUACGUUGCGGGUUAAUAUCAACGUUACAAUCGUUGCAAUGACCAACUCGUCCGAUCGGGUUAUACAACAUCCGAGCGACUGGUGUCCAGAAUAUUCUGAUUCGGGCGGCUAUGACGGCAACGGUUAUCAGACUACCAAAGUGUACGACUGGUCGGAACCGAUUCAGGGCACUAUACUGGGCGCCUAUUUCUACGGUUUUACGGCCACACAGAUCAUCGGCGGUCUACUAACCGAACGUUUCGGUGCCAAAUGGGUGUGCGGUACAGGUAUUGCGAUACCGGCGUUGAUCAAUGCCCUGUCACCGGUAGCAGCGGACGGCCACUACGGCUAUCUGAUGGCCACCCGUAUAGUUGUCGGUUCGUUUCACGGCUUUGUCUAUUCGUCGCUGUUUUCGAUGUACGCCAAAUGGUUUGCCGCACACGAACGGACAGUGGCCAUAGCCUGUAUGUGGUUCGGGUCGAAUAUGGGCGGCGUUUUUAUGUCGCCAAUUGCCGGCUAUCUGUCUCGGCACGGGUUUGCCGGCGGUUGGCCAUCGGUUUUCUAUGUGUCCAGUAUUAUACAUUCGGUUUGGCUGGUGUUUUGGUGGCUGUGCGCCCACGACUCGCCCGCCAAUGACCGCCGUAUUAGUCCCGAUGAACACUUGUAUAUAUUGCAAAACACUGACUGUAUGAUUGAAAAGACAUCAACACCAGUUCCCUGGCGAUCCAUACUGUCGUCGCGUACUGUUUACGCGUCGAUAAUCGUGCGCGCGUGCGGUAUGUUUGGCUACUAUACAAUAUUUACGAGCGUACCCUCAUAUUUUGAUGCCAUAUUCAAUGUCAAAUACGUGGAAAACGGUACCUACAUGGCCAUCAUGUAUGUGGCCAUCGGCUGUGCACUGUUAGCUGCCGGUCCACUGUCGACACUGUUGUUAACCAAAACAAGUAUAUCGCGGACACGGGUACGGAAAAUCUUUCAAUUGAUAUCACAGAUAGGUCCGGGCAUUUGUCUAGCACUGGUACCCUCUAUGGACUGUAAUCUGAUAGCCGUAGUCGUACUCAUUGUGGUCAGUAUGCUAUUGUACGGUUUUCGGACGGGCGGCGAAUACCCGAUAAUACCGGAAUACGCGCCCGAAUUUACCGGCGUAGUAUUCGGUUUGACCAAUACGUUGGGUGCGGCCAUGGGUUUUCUGGCGCCGAUAAUUGUCGGUCAGGUGCUCAAUAUGGACAGCAAUGUCGUGACCCGUGAAAAGUGGAAUAUAGUAUUCUACAUAAUGGCCGGCCUAUAUCUGUUGGGCGCCGUAUUGUUUGAACUGCUGGCCACUGCCGACCGUCAGGACUGGUCGUAUGUAAAACAAGUGGUCGGCAGUAAUAUCGAGUUGAAUGAACUGUCCGGCAAUAGUCGGUCGACAAUCAAAUUUCAGACAAGAUAUCGGAUAUUUUCCAGAUAUAAAUCAAAUCAAAUACCAGAAAAUACCGAAACUCCCGAUUGGAUUGUAUUCAAGAAAAAUACUUUAGUUUAUUAA